AUGGUUACGCUAAGCACUCCCUCUCCUCAUCACCAUCACCAGCGUAACAACGAUGAUAUCAAGGGCAUGGACAUCAUCAAAGCCACCCGCACACCUACAAAGAUGGACCAGUUCAGAGCUCUAGCCGCACAUAACCUCAUGGUCACCUUCAGGAAUCCAUCGGUAUAUAUCAUUGGUGCCCUAGUCCCGCUCAUCAUGAUCGGUGUCGCCAUCGGUAUUUCACUUGGAAUCCAAAGCAGCAUUCCCAAGGUUGUUGCUGGCUCCGUUGAUACUCGAACGUUCACUAUCUUAGAAACCGGGAUCCAGGACCCGACGUCGUAUGUGGGUACACCUGUCGCGUACUUUCCAGUCAUCAAAGCCGUUCCAGCUCUCAACAACCUGACGGAUUCUGUGGAACAGAGUCUCCGACAAACCUAUAGCCAAUUCAACCCAGUUUUUGUCGACUAUGCAUCCAUGGACGACGUCGCGGCAUAUGAGCAUCAGAAUGCGAAGAACAUGCUCAAGAACACGAUCUUGAAGGACUAUAAACCACAGCUUGGAUUCGAACUCGAUGCUCUCGGACCUUCGGUCAGUAAUGAUGGCGCAAGCCUUGACCUUGGAUUCACCGUGGCGAUCGCCCAGAACGAAUCUCUUCCGUUUUUGUUAAGUGCACUAAAUCGGUUCACACAAAAUGUGGAUGCUACGAGUGGAAGUAAUGGCGCGACGGCUGCACAGGGGCUAAAUCUUAGGCCGACGCUCAAAACAUUCGGUGCACAGGGCAGUGAGAAUGUCGACAUUCCCAGCUUUAUUGUGCCAGCCUUUAUGACUUUCGCAUUCUCGUUCUUCACCACAUUUGUUGCCGUCAAUUUGGUGACUGAAAAGGAGAACGGACAAAAGGCGCAUCUGCAGAACAUGGGUAUCAAGCCGGUUAUUUAUUACUUUGCCCGUUUUGUCAUUGACUGGAUCUGCUAUUUGGUCCCUGUCUUGGCUUCCUUUGUGCUCAUGGGCGCUACCCGCUUGCAGAUGAUCGUCUCGGGUUCGUGGGUACCCUACUUCAUUCUGCUCCUCGUCUCGGGCUUGCCAUUCAUCGCUUUCGGCUACUUCCUGUCGCUAUUCUUCCAAAAGUCGCAAUCUGUCGGCCAGAUCCUCGGUAUUGGUCUCAGCUUGAUCGUUUUUGUGCCCUACUUUUUUGUUCAGUUUGUGUUUAAUGGCGCCUCGCUCCUGGCUAUUCUUCUGGUCGGUCUCCUCACACCCUCAUUUGCGCUUGAACGAUCCAUCUCUGCCAUUGCUCUUGCCCAAACCACAGGAGCGCCCUACUCUAUCAAAGACACGUUCGAUAUCACAAAGGCACCAUUUUGUUCCAUGAUUCUUUUUGUCUUCCAGACCCUCUUGUAUUUUGUCCUCAUCUUCUGGAUCGAGAACCUGAUCCAAACGCGUCGGUCGCCCAUCGAUUUCUUCUUCCGCCGCCGUGGCGGCGGUGCCAAGUCUGCUUCUACGUUCACUACUACUCAAAAGGAUAGAUCUCUCACCGAUAACCUAUCCCGUCGAGAUACUACUGUCCUGGUCGAUGGCAAGUACCGUGAGCGUGAUGCCGAGGUCAUUGAGGAGAGCCUUCGGCUCGAGAGUGAAGCCGGCACGCCGGACGAGAAUGACGCAGUUCGUCUCUUUGGACUAUCCAAGACGUAUCGUCUCCGAGGAAAGAGGCGCGACCAUGUGGUUUUGGAUGACAUUUAUCUCUCAUUCAAAAAAAAUGAGUGCUUUGGAUAUCUGGGGCCGAACGGUGCUGGAAAGACCACGACGAUCAAGAUCCUGAUUGGCGCUGAGGAUCCAACCUCGGGCAACGGCAUGAUCGAGGGCCUCUCUAUUUCGCCUUACCAUGAAUCUUUGCGCUCCAUGAUCGGUAUCUGCCCACAGUUCGAUGUCCUCUGGCCCAAAUUGACGGCCCGCGACCAUUUGAGACUCUUUGCCAAGAUCAAGGGUGUUGCACCAGACCAGGUCGAUGCGGCCGUGGACCAGAUGCUGGAGGAGAUGGGUCUUGUAGAUCUCGGUAACAAGCGCGCAAAGACAUUCUCAGGCGGAAACAAACGUCGGUUGAGUUUGGCGAUGGCGAUUAUCGGAUGUCCUAAGGUCGUAUUCUUGGAUGAACCCACAACUGGGGUAGAUGUCUCGAUCCGACAGUUAAUCUGGAACUCGAUCCGUAAGCUGAAGCGCACGUCCUGUGUGAUCCUGACGACCCAUUCGAUGGAGGAGGCCGAUGCACUGUGCGACCGCAUCGGUAUCAUCACUAACGGACACAUUCAGGCCUUGGGCACGUCGCAGCGUUUGAAGAACACGUACGGUGCAGGGUACAAGGUCAUUGUCAAAACUCACAACAGCACCAAUGCAGUGAGCGCGGCACUGGAGCAGUCGGUGGGGACAGGUCGGGUGACACUUGUCCAAGCAUUGGGGGCCAGUUUGGAGUACGAGAUCACGCGCGUGGAAGGCGAACGCACCACGGAGAUGUUGGCGAAGCUGUUCAGGUUGUUUGAACAAAAGCGCAGGGAACUCGGUGUCGAGGACUACUCGGUCAGCCAGACCACCCUUGCACAGGUGUUCAUUGAGUUCGCCAAAGGACAGGCUGCGCCAGAAGACCUCUAA